UAGCGACGUGUAGAGUGCAAAAUUCUGCGACGUUUUUCCAAUUUUGAAGUGAACUUGAAAGUUUUAUAACAAAUUUCAUUGUACGGAUUAAUCCGUCGCAUAGCCAUUUACGAAAUACUUGUAUUGUAUUGUAUUGUACUCAGUCGGAAUUCUAAUGAGUCUACAACUACAAGUCGAUAGCCCAUACUGUUGGCUACAAGCGAUUUCGGCGUUUUUAUUUCAUGCCGUAUUUUUUGGAGUCGUGUUCUCGUUCGGAAUUUUCUACGUGGCCCUUUUACAAGAGUUUCCUGGCGAAGAAAGCGAAGUCGGUAAGCUGUACAUUUUAAGCUUGUAGUUUUUUCUGACAAUGUUUAUAUUGUGUUUGACGCUCAUAAUUUAUGCAUGAAGUAUAUGCAAAUUCCGGCAAAAUUCUGAAGUUCAACCGGCUAAUAUAUAUCGAAUAUAAUCAAUACAUUUAACCUAUUUUUCUGGCGCAUUAUAUGCCAAUUUUGUGAGCGACUUGAGGCAGUUGGCGCCAAAAAGGCUACAUACUAACAAAGCGCAAUUUUUAGAAAAACGUUAAUAGAGAGAUUUUAUUUCUCGCUAAAGUAAAGUUUAUCGUAUUGAAUUGCCUAUAUGCUUGGCCAAACCGGCGUUAUUAUAAAGCCUGGCAUUCUCUAGAAUAGGUUUAGACUUUCCAUUGCCUUAUAAAAAUGUUGUCUUAACACAUUUGUUUCCAUAGAAUUUUAGAGUAAAAAUAUCGCCUGGCUAGCUUGUAGUUGUAAUUAAAGAUACCAAACUAGUUAUAUAUUGUAAGCUAUAAUUUACAUAUAUAAACAAAGUUUUAAAUAACAAGUGAAUUCGUUUGCGAAUAGGUUUUAGCUUAUAAACGUCUCAAAUAGACCUUUUCCCCCACAAUUUUGUACUUAAGAGUUAUAAAGUCUUAUUAAAUAGUGUUCUCCAUACACACGCCACAAUAAACCAGUUAUAUGUCUAUAGUUGAUCAAUAUCUUCUUCAAAAAACUCUUAGGCCUUGGAAGCAUGCUUAUUAAACACCAAGAAAAAAAUUCGAAACGGAAAACGUCUUUAACCUAACAUUAAUUACUCUAAUUUUCAGCUGACUUUUAGUCGCAAGGCGGCGUUGCAAAGUGUUGUGCAAUUUAGCGACGUGUCGUUUAAAACCUGUUUUCUGCUCAGAACUAAGCUAGUAAUACAAAAAAUAUUUUAAUCUAUUCUAAGUCCUGUUUCCUAUACAAUUAGCUGUAUUCCUAUAUAAGGAACAUUUUAGGCGUAUUUUAGAAUAAAAGAAACUUUGUAUAUAAUUAUAUAAUAUGUUUUGAAAAAGGCCAAUAAGAGGUUCCUUGAAUUCCAUACAAGUCAUGUGAAUUCCCCCCACACCUGCGGUUCACGUGGGCACAAGGAUCGAGUACUUUUCCGGUUCCACAUAAUUAGACACAGCCAAGUUCAAACGGUGUAAGGUGCCGCAUCUGAUUGGCUGAUUCAAAACCGUUGCGUCGUGUGGAGCUAACAUAGUAGAAACCGCAAAUUGCAAAAUAUUGCAACAUCUUGUUAGAUUUCCGGAUAUUCGUAUGACAGAACUUGUUUAAAAAUCGAGAACAUACGAUAGCUCUAUCAGUUCUAAACUGUUCUUCCUGGAGGUCCAGUAAGGAUCAUCUCUUAUUGUUCCAGUGUUACAACAGGAGGAAAACUAGACUAACCGGCUUUAUUUAUACUGGAUAACUCAAUCAGUUCUAAACUGUUCUUCCAGGUCCAGAAAGGAUCAUCUCUUAUUGAUCCAGUGUUACUACAGGAGGAAACAUAAACUAAAUCAACUUUACACUAUAAAUAUAAUACUGGAUAGCUCUAUCAGUUCUAAACUGUACUUCCUAGAGGUCCACAGUAAGGAUCGUCUCUUAUUGGCCUUUUAAUAUUUCAAGAGAAAAUCUAAAGGAAAACAAGAUGUGUUCGCACUGCUUGUUCCCAGUUGUUGUGGGCUUGUGGCAAGUCUGGAACAAGUUGUUAUCAUCUUGUAACAAGGUUGAUGAGGCUAACAGACUCGCAACAAGUUGUUAGUCCAAUAAGUCUGAUAUCGUCUGCACGCGUAACAAGUUGUCAACAAGUUGAUGACAGCAAGCUCGUAGCAACUUGUUACGAACAGCCUGUAUUAUUCUUGUUGGAACAACUUGUAGCAAGUCUGUUACCGUCAUCAACCUUGUGACAAGGUGAUAACAACUUGUUCCAGACUUGUCACAAUAACUGGGAACAAGCAGUGCGAACACAUCCCGAUAUCGACUUAACAACAACCUUGUUAUAACUUGUUUGCUGUAACAACUUGCGCGUUUUUACGUCGUGGCCUAAAAAAUAUAUUAGCACGCAAACCAAUGUCACUUAAAAGGUUUCAAUUUAGCUUAGCAAAUCUGCAAAUCGAUGCCUUUCCUAAUUGGAGACACUUUUAAGUCGAGUCUGAAUGUCGCGGGCUAACCAAAUUUCCUAAUUUCAUUAAUUAAAGCGGAGAAUCUUUUGUAUGUUACGUAACACGCGCUCAAAACUUUGAAAAACUAACGAAUAUACUUUCCCACUUGAUUAUGACUAUAUUCAAUUUUUAAAUUUUUUAUACGAUUUUUUCAGUUUUCAGUGUUGGUGUUGUGUACUCAGGUGAAUAUGAUCUUUGUGAUGUUACUCUGAGUGAGCUUGAAAAAUAUGCCCGGCCGCGGUGUGAAUCGAAUCUACGACCUUUGGAAUACUAACCCAAUGCUCUACCAACUGAGCUACGCGGUCAGGGCGGUUCGAGUAAGUGAUAUUUCGAGUAAGUGGGCUAGUAUUCCAAAGGUCGUAGGUUCGAUUCCCACCGUGGCCGGGCAUAUUUUUCAAGCUCACCCGGUAUGGAUAUACACUCAGAGUAACAUCACAAAGAUCAAUUUUUUAUAGCGUAACGUUUCUCAAGCGGCAAACAAACUUAGAAAGAAUGUUUAGUGCUUUAUCUGUAAAAUAAUGCUAAAAUGAAGAGAUUUGAGAUGGUACGCCAAAGAGAAAAUGGCGUCUGAAGUUCAGUAAGUUUUGCUUAUAUUGCUGUAUAAAUAUGGCGUCAAUUUUACAGCAUCAACGAUAAUUGCAUUUAAAUUGACAAUAUUUCACUAUUAUUUUGUGUUUCUCAACCGCCAGAUACAUUUAAAAUGUUGCUAACUGUGUAAACUACAAAAUAAAGCUGAAACAAAGUAAUUUUAAUUAAGAGGAACGCCAAAAAGAUUUUAGGUUUUGAACACUUCAUCGCAACUAGAACAUUGAAAAAAAAUUGCCCGACGGAUUUCUUUUGAAAGCGAUUGUUUUUACGGUAUGUGAACAUAAAUAUAUGAAUAUACACACCCCAACUAUCGCGUCUAGCUACGGCCCUGGCUAACACCUUGAUUCUCUUUUCCUCUUAGCGUGGAUAACUGGUAUAAACUUUUCCUUCGCCAUGAUCGUGAGUCCUCUGAGCAUUCGCCUAUUGAGCUGCAUCCCCCCGCGUGUUGUCAGCUGUACAGGGACAUUGCUGGCGUUUUUGGGGCUCUACCUCUCAUCAAAAGCCAGCUCAAUCUGGGUCCUUUACAUGACAUUUGGUGUCAUGUAUGGCAUGGGCGGUAAUCUUUGCUACAUUAGUGCCAUUUGGAUAAUACGGAAAAAUUUCCAAAAACACAAGGACACCGCGAUGGGUUUGGCUAGCGCUGGGAGUGGGGCGGGCGGAAUCCUAUUUGGUAUCAUCCUACCCAUAUUCGUCGAGUCACGUGGAUGGCGCGGAGCCAUGGAGCUAUUAAGUUACAUCACGCUUGCUCUCGUCAUCGUUUCCAUGGUGAUGAUACCAGCUCAACAGGAAUCUGAAAAGAGCGGGAAAACAGAGAAGAGGAAGUUGUUGUCAUGGAAACCAAAUUUGAAGGGAAUAAGAUCUUCGAUUCCAAGCCCUUGGCGAAACCGCGCGUUCGUGGUGUUGAGUAUUACUAUUCUGUUGUGCGCGUUCGUGAGCUCAAUUCCGUAUUGUCACAUCGUAAGUAUCUCAUUCGUUGGUGUAUUGACUAUUUCGGAGUUUAUAUAGCUGAGACUGUAAUAAGCUUUUCAAUUAUUAUUUGUGUUUCACAAUAAAACUGUGAAUUAAAGAUUUUUGCACUGCAUACGUAAAAACACACAAGUUGUUCCAGGUCUGCAAACACUAGUUGUUACAAAUCUGUUCACAAGCUGUCGACAAGUUGUGUUCGCACUGCUUGUUCCCAGUUGUUGUAACAAGUUUGAAACAAGCUGUUAACAACUUGUAACAAGCUUGAUGGCAUUAUCAGACAGUUGUACAAGGUUGUUCUAACAAGUCUGAUACAGUCGUGAUAUAACAAGAAUGUUACAAGAUUGACGACACAAGGUUGUAACAAUACUGUUAUAUCAUGACUGUAUCGGACUUGUUGGAACAACCUUGUAAUAAGUCUGAAAAUAUCAACAAGCUUCUUACAACUGUUUUCGCGCGUUUGGACUGCGCUACUGAUAUUUGAACGUUGAACUGCUGCAUGUUUUUGAAAAUGCCAAGAAUCAGCAUAAAACUAACCUUAUAAUUACCGAUGUAGUUAUACUUGUUAAAUAAUAAAUAUUUUUAUUUUGGUUGUAUCUCGCUCAAUAUUGCAUGUAAAUUCAAGUGUUAUAUAUCAAAAUUUAAGUUAGUCCUUUCUGAAUGCAAUGAUCUUUAUUUCAUUGCGAUAGCUUUCAUAGCUUUUACGUUACACGAAAUCAAACGGUGUCCAGUUGUUUUUUUUGAACACCUCUUGACAUCAUUACAGGUGAACUAUGCAAUCCACCAAGGCGUCGCUAGAUCAGAAAGCGAGAGAUUACCUUUAUUCAUAUCAACCGGUUCCUUUAUCGGUCGGGUUAUUGUCGGAAAGGUGUCGGGAUUCCGAAAGGUCAGCCGGAUAACCUUGUACCAAAUCACAUUUCUGGUGCAAUGCUUGGCCACCACACUUUGCACGCUGGCUACCAACACUGCGAGCAUGGUCACGUACAGUCUGGCGUUUGGCGUGUUCGAUGGUGCGUUCGCGUGUUUACUCGCAAUCGUGGUUGACGAUGUGUUUUGGGACAAAAGUCAGGCGAUGAAGGCCAUAGGGCAACUCUUCCAGAUGUUGGCUUUCCCGUAUGCAUUUGGCGCCCCGUUCGCGGGUAAGUUUGCUUGGUAAUAUCUUACAUAUCUUUAAUUCCACAAGGUUAUGUACAAGGGUGGGUAGUAGCGAAGUAUGUACAAGGGUGGGUAGUAGUUGUAGUUCGCUACUGUAGCGAACUAUAAUUUUCAAGUAGCCAAUAGUUUUUGACUACUUUAUUAAAUCAGUGGCUGUAGUUAUAGCGAACUACAUUUUGCCUAAAAGUAGCCAAGUAUAGUUGACUACUUUUCAAACAGCAAAUCGCUAUUCGCUACUUUUUAAAAUUGUUAGCAACUUGAUAGAAUAGCAUGAUAUUGAGAAACGGUUUGCUUAAAAUCCAUACUCAAUAGUCAAUUUGCAGUCUUGAACACUGUAGUGCUUACAAAAAAUGUUGCUUUGUGUUUACUGUUGCUACUCGUAAGUCGAUUUGUUAUAGGUACAUUUCAGUCUGAGUUAGUAGAUGCUCCGAUCCAAAUACAGUAAAACUAAAAAAUAUAGCGUAGCGAAAUAGUUCGCUACAUUUUUUAAGCAGUAGCUGUAGUCAGUAGCGAACUACCUUUGUUCAAAAGUAGCAGUAGUUGUAGCUGACUACAUAUUUUUGAAGUAGCUGUAGUUAUAGCGAACUACAAAAAUUUUGUAGUCAACCCACCCUUGGACUUAACUUAUGUAAUAUGAAGAUUUGUGAGAGACCUACAAUAAAAGCCCGCAUAUAAGAACCUAGAUUUUCCAAGUUAGCCUAAACAGGUUCUUGUAAAUAGUGCUUACCAGGAAAUUAGGGUAAAUAGGUUCUUAUAUUCUUAAGAGAAAAGCGGCUCUCGAGACUCAAUGAUCUAAAAAAUGACAGUAUAUGCACUAUACCAACUCUAUAUAUCAGUGUACUUUAAAGCCACACUGAUUGUAACUUACGACUUAAUUUUGACUCUAUUUGAUAAUAUACGAGCAUCUGUUUUUAAAUUCUAGCAUGAACAGCUUCUAAAUAAAAUAUUUUAGCCUAACAUGCAGGUUCUUAAAUUCUAGGGUUCUUAUAUGCGGGGUUUUAGUGUAAUGAACAUUGCCCAAGGACAAACAGAUUAAAUUUGGUUAAUUAAAUUCGGAUGCAAUAUAUAUGGAUAUAAUUUCCAGUUAUAGACGAAAUUUUGAUCUAGACGAGAAGCUAAGAACGAAAUCCAUUCCCACAGCUGGAAAGAGUUUGGUUGCGAAAUGUUGUAUUGAAAAUGAGGAAAAUAUAGCCCUGUGAAAAUAAAACAAAAGUUAUUCCGAAUAAGGAGUGCAUAAUAUUAACACACAAUUUAUUAAAACUGUAUAUUUCGAAUCUAAAUCAGAUUCAUCUUCAGCAGUGUUUUGCAAGAUAUGUUGGACAUACAGUAUCUUGCAAAACACUGCUGAAGAUGAAUCUGAUUUAGAUUCGAAAUAUACAGUUUUAAUAAAUUGUGUGUUAAUAUUAUGCACUCCUUAUUCGGAAUAACUUUUGUUUUAUAGUUUGCUGAAAUUAUCAGCCGGAAAAGGAUAGCCCUGUGAAGUUCGCAAAUUUUUUAUAUAUUUCAAUAUUUGCAUUACGCACGAGAAAAAUAAGCAUUUUUGAGACGAAAGUGGUUAUUUUUCCCGCGUGUAAUACAAAUAUAUCACGGCAAAAUUUGCGAACUUCACAGGGCUAUAUUUUCUUCGUGUUACAACAUUGAGCAACCAAUCUUUGCAGUUUUACUCAUUCUAAGACGCUCUUUCUAGUUGUGGUGUUGGAUUUCGUCCUUCUUGCCUUGAUCAAAAUGUAGUCUACACCUGGAAUCACCCAUUAACCCGCAAUGAACUGUCUAAUUAUCUCGGAACUGAUCAACGAACCUACGAUUAUGCAACCUCGUACCCAGGGCCUGCCCGCCCGAUUUUCUAAUAUGGCCGCCAAAUGCUAGCCUGCGAACAGGCUCUCAAGCUGAAUUGAGAGCCUGCAUCGAUGACUAAUGAAUUUGAAUAUCUGCGUCUCAAAUCGUGACGCGAAAUUCUCAUUGGUCAGAUGCUAUAAUUUAUAUUAUUCCGCUGAGCUCUAUAUAUGUCAACUGCUGAAGCACUAUGCAUAAAAACACAUUAACUGAUCAAAUUCGUCUUGGCCAUCUUAUCUCAAAGCACGAAAUGUUCUGUUUUGAGAAAACAGUAUUUAAAACAUUUAAACUUUUGCUUGAAUAUCUUAUAUUUCGAAAAACAGUAUAAACUUUACGGUCUAAAUUUAGUUUGCACGGUCUAAAUUUAGUUUCACGAAAGUUGUAAACAACACCAUAUAAGGAUAGACAUUCCAUAUUUGGAAAAACGAACGUUACGGGGCAGAUAUUCAAAUUCAUUAGUCAUCGAUGCAGGCUCUCAAUUCAGCUUGAGAGCCUGUUCGCAGGCUACCAAAUGCAGGCCCUUGGUACGAGGUUGAUGAUUAUGUAGACGUACGUUUAAAUUUCUCUAAACUCUGUAUAUUUUUAAUAAAUACGAUAGCAAAUAUACGCACGCACUAAAUUGGUAAAUUGCUAAAUGCUGUCCAGUUGUUAAUUAAGUUGCGUGAAUUAAUGAUUUGUUUCUCCACCAGGUUGGUUAUAUACUCAGACAGGAAGCUACCACGUUCCGUUUCUCAUUUGUGGCGCAAUUCUCUUCAUCGCCGCUUGCCUCAUUUCACUGGUACGGUAUCUCUUACAACCGGCACUUGGCAUCCCCGUCCUUACACUACCGGAGAGAAUAGUCGUAUCUCCCAUAGAUGAAAACUCCGGGGAUCUUGUGCCGGUACUACGUCGCCAUUCAAAUCGGCUCCUCAGCUCAAGAGCGUGCAGCUUCCUUGAUUUAGCGGUCGAAGUAUAUGCAGAAAAUUACAAUAGAUCGUCUACUCAUUUGGCCAUUUAUCAAGAACAUUUCCCAAGAGGUCUGGACACGAGAAAUAGGAGCGAAGUUUGUUCCCAAGACUUUUUGAAAGCUGGCGACAGCACGGCUAUAUACCGCGUGGAGAAUGAGUACGAGUAUACUGAUAUAGACAUUCAGAUUUCUGGACUAAUGGAAACAGGAAAUGCCGGCAUAAAAACUUGUUUUUCGACCAAUCAGUGUGAAAGAUCUUCCCGCCAAGGAGACCGUGAUGACGUCAUAGUUUCAGUUUCAACCAAUCAAAAUGAGGAAUUUUGCCACCGAGGAAACAAUAAUGACGUCGUAGUUUUAGACGGUCACGUGUCAGACACGAGUUCGUUGGACUAUGGGGACAAUAAUGUAUCAAAGCGUUGCUCGUCAGGGAUAAGCAUUAAUGAUGCGGGAUACUUUUCAGCCGCUGCGCCGGCAAACUAUGUGGACAGCGAUACGCAGUCUGCGACGUCACAAUGCGAUGUAAGGAUGAGUAUGGGGUCCAAGGAAGGAUCGUUGGACAGCUUCAUCGAAAUAGAUUUUGUCGAAAAUGAAAAAAUUGAGGAUCACAAAGGAUUUUGUGUUAACGCGGAUGAUUUUGAAGCGAUUGGAAAGAUUGGAAGAGUGUACCAGUGAACGAGAUUAUGUUGUGGAGACACUGAUCGAUACGAAAAGGAAAACUGGAUAGCGCGAUCAAGCUGGAUUCAGGAUCGCAUGUUGGUAAUGGCAGGGUAGAUAUGGUUGCCGUCGUCGUCGUCGUUAUCGAUGUCGUCGUUGUUGUUCGUCGUCGUCGUUGUUGUUUGUCGUCGUGGUGGUCGUCGUCGUUAUCGUCGUCGUUAUCGAUGUCGUCGUUGUCAUCAUCGUGGUCGUCGUUGUUGUUCGUCGUCGUCGUUGUUGUUCGUCGUGGUGGUCGUCGUCGUCGUCAUUAUCGUGGUCGUCGUUGUUGUUCGUCGUCGACGUUGUUGUUCGUCGUGGUGGUCGUCGUCGUCGUUAUCGUCGUCGUUAUCGUCGUCGUCGUCGUCAUCGUGGUCGUCGUUGUUGUUCGUCGUCGUCGUUGUUGUUCGUCGUGGUCGUCGUCGUCGUCGUUAUCGAUGUCGUCGUCGUCGUCAUCGUGGUCGUCGUUGUUGUUCGUCGUCGUCGUCGUCGUCGUUGUUGUUGUUGUUGUCGUUGUUUAUGCUAUCGCUAUGGCGAAAUUAUGCUUGCUUUGGCAUCCUAGGCAGUCGCUGUCCAGUCUCAUUCUCUUCCCAGAGCUACUGAAGCUAUUGAACUUGUGUCAUGAUAAAUUACCGAAAGUUUCCCCGGCGCUGUUUAAUAUAACAACAUUUAACUGGGGGAGAGGGGGUGACGACGUUUUUGCUUCGUGAGUGUACUCUUUCUACCGGCAACUCGCCAAAGCGAGUUACUCAGCUGCAUAAUGUAAACAGUCGCCCGGGAUUGCUAUAAGUUUCUAUAAUAGCCUGGAACUCGCCGUUGCCGGGUAACUGGCCUCCAUAUAAACAGAUCCUUAGAAGGGCAUGGAAGCAAUGACGAAUGAUCAUGCGAGUUGGACAUCCGCUAGGAAGAUGGCGACUAUGGGACAACUUUUUUACAGAAGUUACAAAUUUGCUCAUACUUAAUCUGUGUCGAGCGUAAGCAUUUAUAUUUCUUUCAUCAAAAAAGUUUCAAACUUUAAGCAUGGGCGCUUCGCGCAGAACAUAUAUAAAAAGCACACGUUGUAAAUUAAACAAACGACGUUCAAAUUUUUAGCGAGUUAUUUAUUGAUUAUAGUAUUUGUAUAUGCAGCAUAUAUAUUUAAGCAAACAUAGAAUGGCUACGUCACAACACGCUUGUAAUAGAGAGCUCAAGAGAUACACGCGAAUAAACGGACAAGUUGUGACAAUCCUAGCCGCAGACUUGUAGCAAUGCUGUUCCAGCAACUUGUCAUCAGGAUGUGUUCGCACUGCUUGUUCCCAACUUGUUGACAACGUGAUACAAGGUUGUUCAAGCUCAACAGACUUGUUACAGGUUGUCUCAACAACUUGUUAUCGUCCUGCAAUUCAACAAUUUUGCAACAAGUUGUGAGUGACAACCUUGUAGCAACUUGAUAAAAUAACAGCAAUGUUACAACUUGUUGACAAGCUUGCUGCAAGCCUGUUGCGAACACAUCUUGUUGACAAGUUGUGAGAAUUUUUUCUAGUAUUGAGGAUAAUCCUGGGAUCACAAAUUGUUCCUACUUUUUGUCUCACAUGAAGAUUUUCCGUGUUUUCGCGUCGUAAAUCUUAGACUCUCUAAUAAAUGUAUUUAGAUGAGCUGUGUUUUUACCGGUGUUUAGCCACAGCUGAGCUUUCCAUCCGUAAACCCGCAAUAUUUAUCUUACUCAUGAAAAUUUAGGCGUACGGCUCGAAAGCGGCUUUGCCGCGGUGUUUUUCACAAAAAAACAAUUAUUUUGUUACAUCGCCAUUCAACUUGUACAACGUCAACGUCGUAUAAAGUAAUAAUUACGGCAUAUUAUGAGAAUAGUAUACUAUAUUUGAAUGUAUCGUUUAAUUUAAUUAAAAUAAAUAAUUCCUCCA